AUGAUUGAUUUGGGGUUUCAUGGAGCCAGAUACACUUGGGUUAAUAAGCAGGAUGAGGGGUUUUUUAUUCAGGAAUGGUUGGAUAGAGCUUUUGCUAAUUGUGCUUGGUCUAAUCUGUAUCCAGAAGCCACUGUGAGACAUUUAACUAGGAUUCACUCAGAUCACUGUCCAAUCCUUUUGUCCUUAGAGAAGACCCCAGAGUUACAACUCCCCAGACCUUUCAGGUUUCAACCGAUGUGGAUGUCUCAUCCUUUUUUUGGAAAAUUAUUAUCGGGUAAUUGGACGGAUCAACAGGAGUUGGAAGGCAACCUGCAGAAGUUCACUGAGGUAGUGAAGAGAUGGAAUAAGGAGAUUUUUGGGAAUAUUUUUCAGAGAAAGGCAAGAAUUGAAGCAAGACUAAAGGGUAUCCAAAAAGCUUUAGCUUAUGGUCCCAGUAGGUUCCUCAUUAGGUUAGAAAAGCAGCUAAGUGAGGAGUAUUGGGAAGUCAGUCAGCAGGAAGAGGAGUUUUGGUCUGUUAAAUCUUGGUAUAACUGGCUAAUCCAAGGUGACAAGAACACAGCUUUCUUCCACACGUCCACUCUGAUUAGAAGGAAAAGGAAUAAAAUUUCCUGUCUUAAAGAUAGGAUGGGGAAUCUUGUUCACAGGAAGGAGGAGAUUGUUGGCCUAUUGAGGGAAGGUUUUAUGCUCUUUUUGAAACUAGUCAGUGUAUAG